AUGAGCCUCCUCGACGCGCUAUGCUGUCUGCUCGCACUGCUGUUGCUACGGCUGUCGACGGCGCAAGCAUCCGGCUUGCAAAAGAGCCGGCCGGCGAAUGGAACCGUUCCCUCCUCCGCCACGCUUGCCGGUUGUCGGAAGAGCUGCGGCAACCUGAGCUUUGAGUACCCUUUCGGCAUCGGCGCCGGCUGCUUCCGGGACCCGGACUUCGAGCUCAUAUGCGACAACCACAACACCACGCAGGCCCCCAUGCUCUUCCUGCACGACGGCAUCACCAAGGUACACAUGGACAUCAACGCUACUACCCACUGGAAGAUGAGCAUGAGCAACACUGAAUUGCAAAUCAAUAAUGAAUUUCUAGUAUCAUUUUCCCGUACCAUCUAUUUGAGACCGGACGUCCACAUAUACCACAUCUCAUGGUAUCCUGGGAGAUCUUUCCGUUUUCUCGCCAUGGAACCAGGCAUCAUAGGCUGCGACUUCGACGUCAGCAUGCUCGAAGAUUCCACACAAACGAUGGUGCGACGGUGCACAGUUACAUGCCCCAGCAGAAAUACCACGGCCGAUGAGGACGGUGGACGGAACUGCAACAACACAAGAGGAUGCUGCUCCUUCAUGGUUACUGAUGUUGGCGCCACCGUCCGGCUCAAGUUCGUACGCCGCCCAAGGACAGGAGGGAAGCAUGAAUCUCAAGGGCACAACAGCCGAAGCUCCAUCCAGGAUAAAAUCCAUGUUAGCAUUCGAGCUAGUCUGUCGUGGGGUGUCGUGGACGAUCAACUCACAUCGCCUGGAAGCUUCCAAAAUAGAACAGAUUAUGCAUGUCUCAGCAACCACAGUGGAGAAGCACCGCAAAUUUCAGCAUCACCCUACUACUUUUAUAAUUACUUUUAUAAUUGUCAGUGCGACAAUGGUUACCAAGGCAAUGCCUACAUAGCCGAUGGCUGCUCACGCGACAAAGGGUACAGACAAUUACAACAGAAGACUAACUGCUCUAGAUGGUGCGGGAACAUAAGUAUUCCGUUCCCUUUCGGCCUAGGACGCAGGUGUUCUGCAAGGAUGUCGUUCCAGCUAAAAUGUGCAAAUUCAACGACGUCCACACUAAAUUUCUAUGCACCGAGCUUCACGGAAAAGCAUAUUGAAUACAUAAAUAUCAACGAGGGGCUAGUUGGUAUUACGGCCUCAACCUAUACUGAAGGUCAAACUACUUUCAUUGUAAGAGAGGACCCUGCGCUCUACAUUGGCUUAGGGAUAUCAACAUCUUUCCGAUGGGCCGUCGCCAAUUUAACAUGCCAGGAAGCUCAAGAGGACUUAACAAGAUAUGCAUGUGUUAGUACUAAUAGCACAUGUUUGAUUGUCAACUCGAGACAAGGAUACCCUGCCGGUUACCGUUGCAAAUGUAUGGCUGGCUAUGAGGGGAAUCCAUAUAUCACAACCGGGUGUCAAGAUAUUGAUGAGUGCAAGGCGCCGGGUAUUUGUAAAGAAAUCUGUAAUAACAUUAUGGGAAGCUACUAUUGCACCGAAUGUUCUGGUAAAACAACGUAUGACACUACAACAAUGAGGUGCAUAUCCAUAAAAAGCCAAAAUCUUGUAGUAGGUAUUACCAUCGGGAUUAGUGUUGGCCUCGGUGUUCUACUUCUUAUCUUGAGUGUUACAGUUCUCAUCCGCAGAUGGAAAAGAGGCAUCCAAAAAAAACUUCGUGGAAAGUACUUCCGAAAGAACCAAGGCCUCCUACUGGAACAACUAAUUUCAUCGGAUGAAAACGCAAGUGACAGGACCAAGAUUUUUUCCUUGGCAGAGCUAGAAAAGGCAACAAAUAACUUUGACUCCACACGUGUUGUUGGUCGCGGAGGGCAUGGCAUGGUGUACAAAGGUAUAUUAUCUGACCAGCGGGUAGUAGCCAUAAAAAAAUCUAAAGUUAUUGAGCAAGUUGAGAUUACUCAGUUCAUCAACGAGGUCGCUAUCCUCUCGCAAAUAAACCACCGUAAUAUUGUCAUGCUGUUUGGAUGUUGUCUUGAGACGGAAGUCCCACUACUAGUAUAUGACUUCAUCCCAAAUGGUUCACUAUUUGGAAUCCUCCAUGCUAACCCAACCAACGACUCCAUGUUGUCCUGGAAUGAUUGCUUGAGAAUUGCUACAGAAGCUGUCGGCGCACUUUAUUACCUCCACUCAGCUGCUUCAGUAUCAAUCUUUCAUCGAGAUGUCAAGUCCACGAACAUACUCUUGGAUGGAAAUUACACGGCGAAAGUAUCUGAUUUUGGUGCUUCAAGAUUGGUUCCAAUUGAUCAAACUCACGUGGUUACAAAUAUACAAGGCACCUUUGGAUACUUGGAUCCGGAGUAUUACCACACGGGCAUACUAAAUGAGAAGAGUGAUGUUUAUAGCUUUGGUGUAGUACUUGUAGAGUUGCUUCUAAGAAAAAAGCCUAUUUUUACAAGUGACUCUGGGAUAAAGCAGAAUUUAUCCAACUACUUCCUUUCUACGAUGAAUGAGAAACCACUUGCAGAAAUAGUUGAUGCUCAAGUGCUGGAGGAGGCAACAGAGGAAGAAAUUCAUGAUGUCGCUGCUCUUGCAGAGACUUGCUUGCGGCUCCGAGGCGAUGAGAGGCCUACUAUGAAACAAGUGGAGAUGAUAUUGCAGGCUGUGCGAUCCAAAAGGUUGAGAUCGUGUCAGGUUGCUCCAAGAAAUGAAAGUAUGCAACCAUUCUUAUGUGGACAAAGCCAGGUCACACGUCGGCCGGUGAUUGCUGACAGAGCUAACUCGGCUUCUGAAAUGAGCCAUAAUUGCUACAACCUGGAGCAAGAGUUUAUGGCGUCGGCGACCCUACCACGCUAG